AAUAACAUAAUUUAUUAAUAAUUUAGGGUAAAACCACAGGCGGUUAAAAGUAAGAACCAUGACAGAAGAGCAAGAAAUCAUGUGCAAACUGGAGAAUAUUUUGGAAAUAAGAAAUAAAACCAUACAGCUGCAGAAGAUCAAAUUUCGGCUGAAGAGUGAGUUUGAAGCUCUGGAGUCAGAGGAGAAACAUCUGAGAGAGUAUAAACAGGAGAUGGACCUGCUCCUGCAGGAGAAGAUGGCUCAUGUGGAGGAACUGCGUCUCAUCCAUGCCGAUAUCAAUGUGAUGGAGAGCACUAUCAAGCAGUCUGAAAAUGAUCUGAAUAAACUGUUAGAGACAACCCGGCGCCUCCAUGAUGAGUACAAACCACUGAAGGAGCACGUGGAUGCUCUGAGGAUGACACUCGGUCUAAACCGUCUACCAAAUCUCAACGAGGAAGAGGAUCGUCUCUCACUAGAUUAUUUUGAGAAGCAGAAGGCCGAGUGGCAGAAGGAACCUCAUGAACCCAUCAUACCCGAGUCUUUAGCAGCAGCGGCAGCAGCAGCUCAACAGCUUCAGGUCUCGAGGAAACAAGAUCCACGACAACCAGCUACGUUCAGACAGCAACCACCACCCAUGAAGGCGUGUCUGUCCUGUCACCAGCAAAUCCACCGUAACGCACCAAUUUGCCCGCUGUGUAAAGCAAAGAGUCGCUCCAGGAAUCCGAAAAAACCCAAGAGGAAACCCGAUGAAUAAAUUAUGAUUGUGUUCUCUUUUAGAACCUGGUUUCAUGUAAACUGUGUUGUAGCUGAAUUAUUUUUAUUGUGUUUCUGUUCUGUACUUUAAAAAUGUGGAUUUAAAUGUGGUAAAUAAUAAUGUGAUUAAUAAAUCGAAGGAUUUCGCUCUGUUUUUA